UAAACUGAAAUCACCACCGGCACUUCUGGUUUGCGCUCCUUGUCCAAUCACGAUUGCUUCCGUAUGACGUCAUUCGCCAACAUGGCGGCGGACUGGAACCGAGGGCAUGGCUCGGUGGAGGACAUGCUGGACGUCGAGAACAAGCGUCUGGCUGACAACUUGGCCACCAAAGUCUCCCGACUCAAAUCUCUGGCGUACGACAUUGACAGAGAGGCCGACGAUCAGAACGACUACUUGGACGCCAUGGACUCCAACUUUCUGAGCAACACGAGCCUGCUGGGCGGCAGCGCCAAGCGCUUCUCCAACAUGAUGCGCUCGGGACGCGACAACCGCCGCAUCAUGUGCUAUGUCACCAUCGGCCUGGUGGUCUUCUUCUGCGUGCUCUACUACGUCGUCACCAGGAUGCAACGCUGAGCCGCUCGCCAUCUCUCGGCCGCUCCCGCCGCACACGACCACAAGACUGCACGGGAAGGAAACAGUUGAGGGGAGGGGAAAAAAAAAGAAACAAAACAAGGCGAGCCAUGGAAGCGAUCUGCAGGGAGCAGCAAAGAGUGCGUGAGCAGCAGCUGGGAACCGAAAGACGUUGUUUUUUUUGGGGGGGGGGGCAUCCAGAUUGAAGAAAUGCGGAUUCGUUUUGGUUAAAUUCUAGUGGUUGUGUACAGUUAAAUUUCCUAAUGACAUUACAGUUGACUAUAGAGUUUGUAAAAUACUUAGUGACAUCUUCAAUGUAAAUGUUCCUGUUCUGCAGUUGGCAAAAGACUGAUUGCUGCAUAUUUAUUCUACCUUUUUAGUUUGUAUCGAUGUUUGUAGCUUGUCAACUGGCUUUUCAAUUCCAUUCCGCUUUUGUGUUGACUCUUUUUGCAAAUAAAUGGUUAAAAUGUG